AUAGCAACGUGCUUCGGAGAGAGUAAUAUUUAUUUAUUGUUGUCGUCGUAUCGUAAAGUAUUAAUUACUCUCUCUGUUUUACAUCACACCUUCAAUCACCAGACAUAUUCUUUCUUCUGAUGGCUUCUUCUGAUAAUUCCAUCGAAAGCAAGAGUUCUCUCACCAAGCUUGCUCCACUCGAAGCAGUGCUCUUUGAUAUAGAUGGAACUCUUUGUGAUUCUGAUCCACUCCACUAUUAUGCUUUCCGUGAAAUGCUUCAGGAGAUUGGUUUCAAUGGAGGCAAUCCUAUAACAGAGGAGUUUUUUAUUGCUACUGUUGCUGGCAAGCACAAUGAUGACAUUGCCGCGAAUCUCUUUCCUGGUGAUCGGGAGCGAGGUUUAAAGUUUGUAGAUGAUAAGGAAGCCAUGUUUCGGAGAUUAGCGGCUGAGCAACUGAAGCCUUUAAAUGGCCUUGCUAAAGUGAGGAAAUGGAUUGAAGAUCGUGGGUUGAAGCGGGCUGCAGUUACCAAUGCUCCAAGACCAAAUGCAGAACUCAUGCUCUCAAUACUUGGUCUCACAGAUUUCUUUGAGGCUGUUAUUAUUGGUGGUGAAUGUGAACAUGCCAAGCCUCAUCCAGAACCCUACUUGAAAGGUCUUGAAGCACUGAAAGCAUCUAAGGAUCACACAUUUAUAUUUGAGGAUUCUGUUUCAGGAAUCAAAGCUGGAGUGGCUGCUGGGAUGCCUGUUAUAGGUAUAUCUACCAGAAAUCCAGAGGAUUUACUGAUGGGAGCAAAACCUGCCUUUCUGAUUAAGGAUUAUGAUGAUCCAAAAUUGUGGGCAGCUUUGGAAGAACUUGACAAGUCUGGUUCUCAUUAAAAUUUUGAAUUACUAGUGUCACUGACAAAAUUUCUUGGUAAAAACAAGUAGCAGUUUUCAUAUUAAAUUAAAUUCACCAGGAGGCCAAUAUUAUUAUACUGGUCCAUAAUCAUUGUUGCUUAGGAAUGGAGCAAACAGUAAUGUUUUACUUGUAUUUUGUAAUAAUGUGACUUGGCUAUGAAAGUUAAUUCCAAGGAAAUCUCACGAUGUGUGAGAGAGAGUGAGGGAGGAGGGAAUUCAACACUCUUACAUUAUUCAUAUACUCCGGAUAGAUCAUGAUUCUUGCUCA